AUGCGGUCCAAGUCGAUCGCUUCCAUGCUUCCUCGCCUUGCCACGGCUAUUCUUGUUGUCUUGACUUUUUCUGCACCCACAACUGUCAUGUCCUUCCAGGUUGUUGCGCUCUCGAGCAUGGGGACGCUCAGAAGUGGGUCUGGGACGAGGGGAGCUCGCUCUGGUUGUGGGUUCAGACUCAACAAGAUUCUCGGAGGCUUCGCUUCCUCCCGGUUCUCAUGCUCUUCCGAGCAGGAACAAGACAUGUGCUCUUGGAAGGCUCUAGGAGGCAGAAUGACUCUGCAAGCUCUGCCGGACCCGUCGGACAAGAUUUCUAAGGAGCAAUUGAAGGAGGGGGUGGUUGGAGGAGAGGACAAGGUCGGGAUCGAGCAGCAGGUAGUGGAGGAGAGUCUCAUGGGGGAUCAUGUCGUCUCCGAGUUGUGGGGGGAGUGGACGGAGAAGCAAGUGAAGGCUGCGACGCUGCUAUGGGUGGAGCAGUUCGUGAUCGGUCUAAAGCUCUGUCCUUUUGCUGCCGAGGCCGUGAAGGGUCUGCGGGUAUCCGUCUCGUCUGCGCUCGACCGCGACAUGGCGCUGGACAAGUUCGACCUCGAGCUUCGCUGGAUCGUCGGGCUGGACAAGUCAAGUCCAGCCUGCACUCUGAUCGUUUAUCCUCCAAACCUCUUCGAACACAACGGCAAGACGUCUCCUCUGUGCUCGGGGGAGAGCAGCGAUGCCAGCAGACGGACGCCGGAGAUGUGCCAAGGCUUCGAGGGCUUCAUGUCACUGGCUACAGAUGCGCGCGAGAUGGCACAACAGUUCAAUGCGGCACAUGGCCAAGACAUAGAGACCGAGACUCUGUUGCUCACGUUUCACCCCAACUCGACUUUCAGUGACUCGCCCUCGGAUCCUGCUGACUUCGCGCUGCGCUCGCCGUUUCCCACGGUGCUGAUUCUGAGAGGAACGGAUGUCAGGAACGCAGAGGAGAUCUGCGAGCAGCAGGGGCGGGUGACGGAGGACAUCGCGAUCGCGAACGAGGCGAGGCUGCGGCAGGUGGGGUACGAGGAGCUCUCAAGGAUCUUCACUGGCCUCUUCUCCUCGUCUCGCACCUCCGAAGCCCAGCAGAUCCUGAGGCAGGCGCAGGAGGAGCGCGAGGCCGUGCUGGCGUCCUCCACGUACCCGCUCUCAGACCCGAUGGCUGACGGCAUCGACGGCAUCGACGGGCAGGACUUGAGCCACGACCCCGUCGAGCUCAUCCACGAGUGGGGAGGAGACGCGAGCGAGGAUACGGCAUGGGUGGAGUACCCGGCAAGGGCGUCUGUGAAGCCGCCGCCGCUGAGGGAGGAGGAAGAGGAGGGAGGGGAAGAGCUCAACGCACAAGACCUGCAGAAGGUUUACGAUCCUUUCGGCUAUGGAUGUGAGGAGGAGAAUGGCGAGUCGAAAACAACUUAG